AUUUCCUCAGUUGAUCCCGAACCGCAACAGGGGUAGGACGUGUCGCGUUCUGUGAGAAUUACGCGCGCAGUGCCAGUGAAACUUUUAGUGCUAUAAAAGUGUAUGUAAAUUAGUUAUUAUAAAGUGUGUGAACGUUUCGUGCCAGAGCGAUGAAAAUAACCUAAGUGUAUUUUGGUCGAGGACAUGCCGCGUUAGCCCAGUUUGUGUACUGAAUUAUCGUCGUAUCACAUGUGUGCUAGCUAGAAUUUCUGGUACAUCUAAAUUCUUGACCAGAAUACAUGAAUGGAAGGCCGUAACGACAUUUAUAUAAGUGAAGAGUACAGUUCAAUAAAAAUAUUGGAAAAGUACAUAUACAGUGUUCAUAAAGCAAAAGUGAUUGAAGUGUAAUUCAGAAUAAAGCACUUAAAGUGUACCGCUAGUGCCAGGCGUUAGGUUAAAGUGCGGUCAAAGUGAAUAACAGUGCGCUUAAAGUGGAAUUUUCCAAAGUAAUUUACGAUUACUAAGUGCGCUUAAAGUGAAAUACAGUGCGUUUAAAGUGGAAUUAUUGGAAGUAAUCAAAAUAUCGCUGAUAGGACACAAUAAGCAGUAUUGGUGGUGACACAAGUUAAUGUAUUGAUGGUGUGGUCGGUGGGACGGAUGCGGGCUUACGGCCCCCCCGGCCGGCAGGUCAAUGACAUCGCCGGCGUAUUAUGUGCUGUUUUUAGCACUUGCAUGUUCCUGCAUUCAUGGCACGUCGAACGCAGCUGAUUAUGACAUUCUUGACAACAGAUUAAACAUAACAAUGAAAAUGCAACAUAGGACCAAUGUAAAUAAUACUUUAAUUAAUUCUAAAUACGAUGAAAUUUAUACAGAGAAUGUUUUAGAGCACAAUUUAAAUAUACAUAAGCGUAACAUAGAGAGGUUUAAGAGAGAGAAGAACAGUGGUUUCGAUAUAUAUGUGCCAAAGAGGAGGGUGAAGCGCGAGGAUGAACCAGACCCGCGGUGUGAAUCGUUUAUGUUCAGUAACAAAGACCAGAAGUAUAUAUCGCACCCGUACGGCGGAGACAACAAAAACAACUAUUAUUAUAGUAAUUUGAAUUGUGUCACUGUUAUAAGUGCCGACGAGGGUAAAGUGGUGGAAUUAACAUUUGUUGAUAUGUUUCACAUCGAAUACCAUCCGGAGUGUAGCUAUGAUUUUUUAGAAAUUCGCGAUGGCUUGAAGGGCUACGCCAAGCUCAUAGACAAGGUGUGCGGAGAGGCUUUCCCAAGGCAAAUUCGCACCACUGGUCCAAACGCCUGGUUGAAAUUCCACUCCGAUGACACCAUAGAGUAUGAAGGCUUCAGGAUAAGCAUUAACUUCAUAGAGUUAAGUACUAGUGUCAGCAUACCAAACUCGUGUUACAAGGACCUCUCAGGGAUGCACGGCAUCAUAGACACGUCUAAGAUAGAUCAGGAUUGUUUGACCCGUAGUGCUAACCAGAAUCUGGAUGUGUUGUGGACAAUAAACACGCCCGCGAAUACAAAGAUCUACCUAAACUUCACUCACUACUCGCUCGUCAAGCCAAAUGAAUGCGAGGACAACGUGGUCGAGGUGUUUGGUUACACGCUGGAGUAUGAAGCGAGGUUAGCCCAUUACUGUGGUUCAGUGGCCAACGCAAUAACCACCAAGGAUGACACAAAUAAAGGCAAAGAGGACAAAGGGAAUGUGAUGUAUGUCCGUUUGUACACUUCAAAGGCUGGCAGGGGAUCCUUCUUCAAUGCGACUUUCACUGCGUUCAGGAGUCUGGACCCUAACAGAGAUGAAAAAUGUGACCCUGACAGCGAGUUCGACUGUGCUGAUAAUACAUGUAUAGAUAUAACAUUGAAAUGCGACAAUUAUGCGCAUUGUCGACUAAAGGCUGACGAGGAACAGGAUAUUUGCAAGGUCGCAAAAGAGUCAAUGCUUAAACAGCCCCAUAUCUUGGUUAUUUUAAUAAUAUUUUCACUCAUUCUAUCUGGAAUGAGUUUCGUGUUUCUCUUCAAGUGUAUUAGAAAACUGUAUCAAGAUCACAAAAUUAUUAAAGAACACAUCAGGCAGUCAUGUGAAGAUCGUCUAGAUAGCCUAGUCAGCAGUCGGCUAACACUAGAUGCUAAACGACUACAGCGGGAUAGCGAACCGAGAGCCAGUUUGGAGCGAGAAAACCACACUAAUGAAAUGUUCAAACAGCAGAGGAAAUAUUCGCAGCAAAAGAUUAGGCCCACCAGUAUAGAUUCGGACUUCAUACAAGAAACGCGUCUAGAUUUAGAAGAUGAGCCCUGGAGGCGUGAUGUGGAAACCGUGCAUGAAACAGAAGACGUCAAAGUGGAGAGAAACGGGAAGAGAAAGAGUGACAUCAGCAAGAAGGAAGAGUCUAUCAGGCGGAAAGAGACGGAAGAGAAGAAAGAGAUAAGGGACGUGUCUGUGGGAGCUCCGGAUACGAAGGAAUCUGGGUGUCAAACUAGAGAGAGCCUGUUUCAGACGGAUCCUACAAUCAGUUCUGAUGGCUCCGGAACUACAAAUAGCAGGGGAUUUUCAACAUUCGGCUAUUCAGGUGCAACCAUAGCUAGGCCUUCGCCCCCAGCACAGACGAGCACCUCUCAAAUAACCAUAGAGUUGCUACGGCAAGUGACGCCUCAAGAUACCAAACCACCCAAGAAAGUCCCGGACCGCCGUCCCAUGAGCACGGAGACAACCCGCUCUGCGCCCGACGUUAUCAUAGUGUCCAAACCGCUUCGCUGAGGAUGACCGUCGGGGCCUCCCACUGAGGCCCCGACUGACCCCCACCCC